AUGAAUCUGGAAUCUAAUCAUGAACAAACUCAAAAUGUAAAUGAAUCUAUUCGUCCAAAAUUACCUUCUAUUCAACAAUUAACAAAUGGACAUAUUUUUCAUAGACGAGUUGAUUCAACACAUCGUAAUGAUAUAAUAAUACCAGCAGUGAAAAGUCCUGUAGGAGGAGUACCGCCUUCAACUAUUCAUAUACCAGACAUACAAAACUUUCAACAACAACCACAACAGUCACAGUCACAGUCACAACGAGGUCAACAAAAUGUUAAUGAACAUUUACAAUCAACUCCUUCAGUCAAACAAAAAUUAGUCAAGAGAUAUUUUUGUAAAAUUUGUGCUCAAGGAUUUACACGGAAACAUAAUAUGGUGAGUCAUGAAUUGAUUCAUUCAUCUUUAAAACCUCAUAUUUGUCAAGUAUGUAAUUUACGAUUUCGAAGAAUUCAUGAUUUAAAACGACAUGAGAAAUUGCAUACUGGAGAGAAACCUUAUUCAUGUUCUAAAUGUUUAAGAAGUUUUGCUAGACCUGAUGCUUUAACAAGACAUCAAAAUUCACAAAAUGCAUGUACCGGUUCUGCAACUACAACUGCAAACUCAAAACUUGAAUCACAUAUAUUACAAGCUAACAACCAAGAUGAUAAUAUAACAAAUGGAAAUGCAAGUCAGGAUGUACCGAAUGACAGAUUGGUGGAUAACGAUGUUGUUAAUGGUUCAUCGUUCCAACCAAGCAGGUCAACAAAUUAUUCCGAAAACAACAAUCACCCUCAUCACAAAGAUAAUUUACAUUCGGGAAAUAUUGAACCAAUAUCACCUCAUCAACAUUAUCCACGAUUACGACAACUUAGUUUACCUCAAUUGCAAACUCAACCACAUUCUCAUGUUAAUAAUCAAACAACAAAUCAUCCUCCUAGAUCAGCUUCACAAAGUAGUAAUACAUUUAUUCAAAAUAAACCAAAUACUCAACCACUAUCUUGGAGAAAUCAACCCUCAUCAGUUCUGUAUCCAACAAAUACAUCUUUGUCAUCAUCUAAAUCUCUAACACCUACACAUAAUUUACCCUAUUACUAUCCCUAUCCUGCUUAUAACCAUUAUCCACCACCACCAACCCAAUUACUUCCUCCUUUCCAAUAUCAACAACAACAACAACAACAACAACAACCAGGUCAUCAAUUGUUACCUGUUAUACCACCACCUCCACACACAGCACCACCGACAUUUUCUUUAACAACACAUACCAAGUUGCAAACUUUGUACCUGAAUCAACAUCAAAAUGACUCUUCAAGAAAACCUUUAAGAAGUUCAACUGGUGAUAUACCAUCAGUUAAUAAUUUACCUCAAACUGUUACUACAAGUACAAGUCAAGUCAAACAUAUUAAUCAUGAAAGUGAUCAAUCUCAUACUGAUCAAGAGCAUCUUCCUUCACCUAAAUUACAUGUUUUUCGACAUCAAUCAUCUUUUGUUGGUGGUGGUGGUGGUGGUGGUGGUUCUGUUUAUCCAUCACAUCCACCAAUAACUAAUCAAUCUCAUCAAUUAACAGCUAUUACAACAUCGGGACUGCCAACUACUUUACAACCUCUAUUAAAUCCACAAAUAUUUUCAUCACUUCUGAAAACUGAAAUUGAUCCCCGAAUUCAUGGUUCGAUAUUGCCAAGUCGUCCCAUCAACAAACAACCUAAUACUAUACCAAUACAAGGAACUGGAGAAAGAAGGUCAAUACAGAUGACACCAUCACUGGCUCAUCCACCUCCUCCUCCUGGUCCACCACCUCCUCCUCCUCCUGUUGGUCCUAGAUCUGCACCAUCAACUUCAACAAACUCUAUCCCACUGAUUAAUGGACCACAAUUUAUAUCUUAUGAACAAUAUCAAGAAUUAUAUAAGUAUACUCAAUCAUUACAACAAAGUAUACAUCAUUUGAAUGAUAAUUUACAAAAAUUGGAAGAUCAACAAUCAAAUAAUAAUAAUAAUAAUAAUAAUAAUAAUAAUAAUGAGAAACCACCGUAA